AUGGAGGAAGAGGUAGGAGGAGAAGAGUACUUGUUCAAGGUGGUGCUGAUAGGAGACUCGGCAGUGGGCAAGUCGAACCUGCUCUCGCGGUUCGCUCGAAACGAGUUCGACCCCAACAACAAAGCCACAAUUGGGGUUGAGUUUCUGACCCAGGAAUUGGAAAUCGAUGGAAAAAUGGUGAAGGCCCAGAUCUGGGACACUGCUGGUCAAGAACGCUUCAGGGCUGUGACCUCUGCUUACUAUAGAGGCGCUGUUGGUGCUCUUAUUGUCUAUGAUAUCAGUAGGAAGACCACCUUUGAGAGUGUCAAGCGCUGGCUCGAUGAGCUUACCACUCAUUGCGAAACAACAGUAGCAAGGAUGUUGGUAGGAAAUAAGUGUGAUUUGGAGGAUAUCAGGGAUGUGAGCGUGGAAGAUGGCAAAAGCCUUGCGGAAGAAGAAGGCCUAUUCUUCAUGGAGACUUCUGCACUGAAUGCUACCAACGUUCAAACGGCUUUUGAGAUGGUUAUCCGGGAGAUUUACAACAAUGUCAGCAGGAAAGUCCUCAAUUCCGAUUCCUACAAGGCCGAGUUAUCUGUCAAUCGAGUAAACCUGGUGAAAAAUGGGGCAGACUCAAGGAAAAGUCGGAUGAAUCUCUCGUGUUGUGCCGGAUGA